AUGAAGCUCCUCCUCACUACCGCCCUGUCGCUCGCUCUUUUCGGAUCUGCCUCGCUGGCAGACCCGACCGUCUACUUGAUCCGCCAUGGUGAAAAGCCUGACGAUGGCGACCCCGGUCUCAGCUCAGUCGGCGCCCAGCGCGCCCAGUGUCUGCGCAGCGUCUUUGGUGCUUCGUCCCAGUACAAUAUUGGGUACAUCCUGGCCCAGGCCUACAAGUCAGAUGGCUCCCGGGACCGCCCCUACGAGACUGUCGAGCCCCUCGCCGAGGAUCUCGGGCUGACUGUUGACACCUCUUGCGACCGUGAUGACCCGAAGUGUGUCAAGGAUGCCGUUAAAGAUUACGACGGUGAAGGCAACAUUUUGAUCUGCUGGGAGCACAAGGCGUUGACCGACAUUGUGGAUAAACUCGGUUAUGACGAUGCUCCCGACUAUCCUGAUGACAGCUACAACAUCAUCUGGACGGACCCGUCUCCGUACGACAACAUCACAGCGCAGACCAGCGAGAACUGCGCGGGUCUGGACAACUAA